AUGGGAUAUAAAGGAGGAAAACCACAGCAUCUACUUAGUGAAUAUUUUUACAUAUUGCCAAAUGAAUGGGCAAAUAAAAGUAAUAAAAAAUGUAUUUGCCGGGCCUGUAUAGAAGCAGUAGGAAAGUAUGUUGCUUUGAAUGAUGAAAGCAUGAAACUCACCAAUACUCAACGUUACUGUGCUAAUCAUAUAAGAAAAUGUUCUUUUUUUGUAGCAAAAUAUUUACCAGAACAAAUAGAGGCUAUGCUUACCUUAGCAAUUGAAAAUCCUGAAGUUAAAGCAUUAUUUCAGUUUAUUAGUCCACUUUUAAAAUUGCCUAAUAGAAAAUCUCUAAGCGAUCGUAUUUUAAUAAGUGCGGCGAAUGAACUACAAGAAUCAAUUAUAGAACUUGCCAGUAAAGACAAAAUUGGAGUCACAAUCGCUUUUAAUACUGAUAAUAUAAGUAGAGAAAGACAACAGCAAAAAGAAGUAAUUUCUAGGAUUCAUGCUCUUUUUGCAGAAGCUGAAAAAUUAAAUAUAAAAGCGAACUGUCUUGUAACUGAUUCUGCUGAUGCAUAUGCUGCGACUAGAUGUUAUUUGAGAAAUGAAAUGCGUGAUAAGGCAAACUGUUGUAUUAGUGAACUAUUUAAGGAGUCUCUUUUAUUUAAAAAUACAAGUAAAAAUGCAAUUCAAAUAGUUACAUUCUUUCAUCAUUCAGUAUAUUUUACUGCUAAAUUGCAUGAUAAACAAUUAAGUAUAUUAAAAAAAAAUAUUAAUUUUAUUACACCAUGCUUGACUCUUGAUGCCAAAAAUGAUCUAGUUUUUGAUGACGAUUUACAACUUCUGGAUGAUAUUAAAACAAUAAUUAAUCAUGAUACCUUUUGGGAUUCCCUUAUGACAUUACGAGAUCUACUAUACCCCUUUUGUAUUGCUCUUAAUCUCAUGCAAUGA